AUGAAGGAGAAAGGAAACAAGCAAGCAAGAGAGUGGGAGAGAGAGAGCAAGAGAAGGAGAGGAAGCAAGAGAGAAGAGAAAGCAAACAAGGGAGCGGGAGAGAAACAGAAAGAGAGGGAGCAAGAGAAAGAAAAAGAAAGAGAAAGGAGAGAGAAAAAGAGAGAGACCAACAGAAAAGAGAGCAAGAGAAAAAGAGAGAUCGAGGAGAGAGAGCAAAAGAGCAAGAGAAAAAAGAAAGAGAGAGAAAGGCAAACGAAAGAGCGGGAGAGAGCAAGCGAAAGAAAGAAAAAGAAAGAGGGUGAGAAAGCAAAUGAGAGAGAGCAAGAGUUGGACAGAGAAAGUGAGAGCAAGAAAAAGAGAAAGAGAGCAACAGAAAGUGAGAGAUUGGAGGAGAGAGAGCGAAACAGCAAGAGAAAAAAGAAAAAAAGUGAGAAGGCAAACGAGAGAGAGAGAGCGAGAGCAAGCGAAAGAAGGAAAAAGAAAGAGGGUGAGAAAGCAAAUGAGAGAGAGCAAGAGAUAGACAAAGAAAGAGAGAGCAAGAAAAAGAGAGCAACAGAAAGUGAGAGAUUGGAGGGGAGAGAGCGAAAGAGAAAAAGAAAAAAGGGAGAAAGCAAACGAGAGAGAGAGAGCAUGCGUAAGAAAGAGAGAGGGAAAGAAAACAAAUGAGAGAGAGCAAGAGAAAGAGAGAGAGCAAGAGAAAGAGAGAGAUCGGAGGAGCGAGAGCGCGAGAGCAAGAGAAAAAAGAAAAAGAGAAAAAGCAAAUGAGAGAGAGCAAGAGAAAGACAAAGAGAGAAAGAAAAAGAGAGAAAGCAAGAGAAAGAGAGAGAGAAAGAAAGAGAGAGAAAGAAAGAGAGAGAACAAGAAAAAGAGAGAGAACAAGACAAAGUGAGAAAUCGAGGAGAGAGAGUGAAAGAGCAAGAGAAAAAAGCAAAAGAAAGAGAGAGAGCAAAUGAGAGAGAGCAAGAGAAAGAGAGAAAACUGAA